AACAGACGAAAACACCGCACUGGCGACAUUGGAAAUACUUGUGGACAGCAGGCUCUUCCUCAUAUAACUAUUGGCCCUAUUGAACUGGUGGACACCUAUUCUUGUGGUCAAUUUCGGGACUGUGAUCACUCUCCACUCCCAUCCCAUUCGGGCCUCUACCCAGUCUCUUCCCAGACCGGGUAUAUUGCAGUGAAAACACACACCAUUUUUCAAAUAUGAAGACAACGACUAUCGUUGCUGCCUCUGCAGGCACCAUUCUGACCGGUUUCCUCGCAUAUGCAAUCUACUUCGACUACAAGCGACAUUCCGACGCUGAAUUCCGACGGAAUCUGAAAAAGGAUAACCGGCGACUAGCCAGAGCAGUCCGUGAGGAAUCAGCGGCCCAAGGCGCGCGGCAAAUAGCUGAGAUUAAGGAGGCCGUCCUAGAUGCAAAAACGGAAGGAUUCCCCACUGACCCUGAUGAUAAGGAGAGAUACUUCAUGGGCCAGAUUGCGAAGGGCGAGCAAUUAGCUGGGGACGGAUCGAGUAACAUCGAAGCAGCCCUUGCAUUCUACAAAGCGCUCAAGGUGUACCCGCAGCCAAAGGACUUGAUCGCCAUAUACGACACCACUGUUCCCAAGGACGUGCUGGAGAUACUGGCUGAGAUGGUGGGCCAGGAUACCUCGUUGCAAUUGGGCUCGUUUACCGGCGGAAGCUCGACAGGUAGUAGUAGCGGAGGAGCGGACCACCACGGGGUUGAAUAA